UCCUACAAUGAAUGAAAUUUUUAAUCAUUUGAUCCACCAUUUAAUAGGAGUAAGAUCAUUUCCAAUUACGAGUAUAUCUUAUCGGAGGUCGCCGGAGUAUUUCGGCCGGAGCUUUUAUGAAACCGGGAAGAAAGACAAUAGAAGUAUAGAAAUGAGAAGCACCCGACCCGACAAAAUCCCCUUUCUCAACAAACCCUAGAUAGUCAUUCGAAAUUCAAUUUAGGGAAUUUAGGGCUCAUUUCACGCUUGAAAAAUGGAUAUUGAUAUUUCCCGUUGGAUUCUCGAAUUCAUCCUCCGGCAACCGCUCGAUGACAGCAUACUCAACGCUCUAAUUCACACUCUUCCACUUCCAAACGAUAAUUUGAACCUCAAAAAAGCCCUAAUCCUCAGAAAACUCGAAUCCGAGAUUUCUAACAGUUCAGUUACUGAGAAAAUCCUCGAACUUCUCGAACUAUUCGAGGAACUAGAUCAUCAAGAAGGAAUUGAAACUUUAAAGGAAAUGAAAUCCGCGUAUUGUUCGGUGGCAGUAGAAUGCACGGUGAAAUUUUUGAAUGAAAAAGGGGCGGAAAGUGAUAAAGGAAAGUAUUUUGAAGCAGUAAAGAGGAUAUGGAAAAAGAGAAUUAAUUUAAUGGAAAAAAUAGAGAAUGUAGGUUUCGUAUGUGAAGAGUUAUGGGAUUGGAGGGAUGAAAUAGAAGCAGCGUUAUGGGAAGAUAAGUGUUGUGACAAUGUGAUAAGGAGAAGUAAAGGCAUAUUUCCUGUUGAGGCGGUUAAGGUUUUCGUUAGAGAAGCUAAAGAGAGAAUUGGGCCUCCUUUUCUUGAUGUUGUGGCGGAGACUUACAGGAGUGAUGAUACGGUGAGGGCAUUUUUUGGAGGGGUGAAUGAACAAGGGACUUGCUGGGAUAAUGUCAGAGAAGUGCGCAAAGGAAAUGCAUUGCCCAGGCAGAAGCAUGUUGCUUUCAGACGCCCCAGAGGAGCAUCAGCUGGGACAUGUGGAGGUGUUAGGAUCAGUGACUCUAUUGAGUUGGGACUUGAUGCAUCUGGUGGACAGGACGGCUUCCUGCCUACGCCUGAAAUCGAGAAAGCACAGGAAGCACUUAAAUUGAGUUCGAAGGAGCUGCGUGCUAUGGUGAAGGAUCCUCUACCUGAUGCACUACAGUUUGCUGAGACUCUGUCUUCUCUGGUGAGAGAUCAUAUGGGUCAUCAGCCUGCCGAAAAUAACAGUGACAGAGCCCCUCAUCCAGUGGUUGCCAGUAGCAGAAUGGAUCAAGCUAAUGGAGAGAAUUGUGAGGCACAGCGUAAUUGUCAUCCUAGUGCUGCAUCCAAGCCAGACCUAAUGAACCGAAAGAGUGCUGCCCAUACAUCUGAGCGAGACGAUUCAGCAGAUGUGUCAAAAGAAGGAUCACCAAGUGGGGUGAGGAGGUUUACAUUACCUAGCCCGAAGAGGACGAAAAUCUCUCCCUUGAAGAAAUAUGAAUUUAAAAACUUUACCACGAGGAGAAAGCCCACGAAAUGGAGUGCAUUGGAAGAAGACACCUUGAGAACUGGUGUACAGAAGUAUGGUUCCGGAAACUGGACGCACAUCUUAAAUACUUAUCGUGACAUAUUUGUAGUGAGGACUGCAGGUGACUUGAAGGACAAGUGGAGAAACAUGAUGUCGUAGAGAUUUAUUUUGAAGAAAUUUGCUAAUAUAUGUGCCUUUUUGUUUUGUUUAGCAGAGGUAUGGCCUUGUAUAUUUUAUCAUGUAAAUGUCAAGCUGUUCCUAUGUAUCUUGUUCGAUGCAUAACAUUUCAGAUGAAUAUUGUUGUAUAUCAUUCAUGGAAAGUGACAAAAAAAAGAAGCUAUCAAGGGUCUGCCCAAAUUUUGUUGCAGAA